GGAAACCACACGAAACCAAUAAUGUAGUGAUGUCACGGAAGGCCCCCUUUCACACGGGUGUUCAAAGACCUGAAGUCAGAGAGGAAGUGGUGCAGAAGGCAGGCAGCAGGCAUUGUCAAGGGCUACAACCAUGGCGACAACUACCCUCCAGCUUACCAUCCUGAUAUUAUUCACAAACUCUUGUCGGGCCGCGUGGGAGAGCGUGACCUUGAUGAAGGGCAGCACGUUGACCCUGAGCUGUCCCCUGGACAACGCCAGUGCGGAGUGGCGGAACCCCCAUGGCAUCAUGUUCACUCACGACAAAGGUUUAGGUAUAAAGGACAGGCGCUUCAGAAUAGAAAAGCUGUCCAGCAAAUGGUUCAAUAUCAGCGUGUCUGACGUCACCUUUAAAGAUGGCGGCGACUACAGAUGCACUCAGUACGGCAGUGUGGUCACGAAGAAGGUUUUUAGAGUGACAGUGCUCGGUCCAGUGCAGCUUUUUAAGAUCACAAGGGGAAUCGUUAAAUGCAGCGCAGGGGCAAGCAAUCUUCCUCCGAAUAUCUUCUGGCAAAUAGGUGAUGGGAUCCAAUUUCAUGCAAAGCCACACUACACAUAUGAAAACCAUUCAGGGAAACACAACUCUGAGGACUUGUUGAGGUUCGAGGCUCUCAAGACAGACAAACUGUGUUGCAUUGUGCCGCAACCACAUCUAAACACUGAACCUCUGAUGAACUGUGUCAAAGUCAGGGCAACUUCCAAAAGAAACCCUCCAAAAACCACGACCUGGUCACCUACAGAACCUCAAGGAUCAACAGACUUGCAGAGUAUGACAACUUGGCCUGAAAAGGACCAGAGCACCGAAGUCACAAUGAAAGCCAUCAACCAGAUCAAGGCUUCACCUGAGGCCACAACUCUUGAGGCCACUGCUAGCAAAACUGUGUCUAUGAGGGAUUUUCCUUCUGCUGUAGACCAAUCCCAAGGGGCGACAGACUCCUGGAGAGGAACAAUUCCAGAGACAGUGGUGUCAACUGGAUGGACUCCCAGCACUAGUGUUGCACAUGUACCAGUCACUGAGUCACCAGAUAAGAACAUAACUGUAUACACAUCCCAUAAUAGUACGGAGGGCAACAGAACCAAAAUAGGUGUGCUUACAUAGAAUUGUCAUAAAUACAACGCAUAACAUUUCCAACCAAGCCUUCAAACAUGCACUAGCAGGCUGACAACACCAAUGAUAAAAUGUUCUUGCCCAAAUUCAGCAAAAAUGUGUUUUGACAUGUUGCCAGGUAACUUGGAAGAGAUGGAAAAACGAAGUGGAGAAAAAGCGAAUGGCACAUUGCUCAUAUUCCUUGUCACAUGCCUGAUAGUCGCUCUUUCCGUGGUUGUUCUCUUUCUGGCCAUCAAGCUCAGGAGAGCUCACAUUCACUGGAAGCGAGAAAAUGAAGACUCGGAUCCGUCAAUUGAGAGCAACAAAUCCAAAUCAAGUGACGAGGAGAGAUGGUGGAUGGGUCAAAAGUGCAGAGGGAUUUUCAAUAUUGCCUUCACAAAGUAUGUAACUGAGGAGCCCACAGGAGUUUCCAUUGUAACAACCCCAGAUGCAAUGCCAACCAAAGUGAACCUCCCACCAGUGGAGGCUUCUCCAAGUCAUUUUAGCCCACAUUAUGAUGCUCCGGCCCCUGUUAGGGAGACAGAGCUAUAGUUGAUCACUUCAUUGCUUCCUUUUUAAAUACUUUUUUUAAUGUUAAUGUUUUUAUGAUUGUUUGAUGAUGUUUUUUUAUUCAAAUUUGCAUUAGAGUACAAUUCCGGUGUAAAAUGAAUUUGGGAUAUGUUUUGUAUGAUAACGAGUUCAAACGUUCGUUUUGGAGCACAAAAAACGCAUAAAGUGACGCUUUCUUCAGUUGGCUGUUUUUAGCCGAUUCUAUCAAAACGCUAUAAACUUGGAACGAUGAGGCCACUGGUUAUCGUAAAAACUAAAUUGCUAUUUUUCACCACUUAAAAGUCUAAAAGUAGCCCAACACUUCUUUGGUAGUAUAAUAAGGGUCUUAACGUAUAAAACGGGGCAUUGAGAACUUUGUAAGUGUAAAGAUUGUUUAUUAAAAAGGAAAUUUUAUAGUUUCUGGUUACUUUUAGCCUUUUAAGUGGUUUAAAAUAGCGAUUUCGUUUUUACCAUAACCAGUGCCCCCAUCGUUCCAAGUUUAUAGCGUUUUGAUAGAAUCGGCUAAAAACAGCCAACUGAAGAAAGCGUCUAUAUACUCCAAAACGAACGUUUAAACUCGUUAUCAUACAAAACAUAUCCCAAAUCCAUUUGACACCGGAAUUACCCUUUAAUAAACGGUCAGAUUUGUACAUUAUAUAUUUUUGUUCAAUGCUCACAUGUAAAUAAAUAUUUGUUAAUGUUUUA